UUUAUAAAUUAUUAUCAUUUCCAACAUACACCCCAUGGAGAAGUAAUUAUUGCAUAAAUAUAUCUUAAUUAUAGUCCACAAGAACAGCAGCUUACAUUCUAAGAUUAUAUCGCAACUUAAUUAGGGUCAAUAGUUCAAAGUGACCUCUUGACUUAUUAGAAAUGUAAUUCUAUUAUCUCCCAGUAAUUAAUAUUUGCAUGAAAUUAGUUAAUAUUCAACUUGGGUUUAUUAUGAAUUGAACUCCACAGUCACCUUCAAUAGUAAUAGCUUUAAUAGAAAUCCAACUCCUUAGUAUUUAUUUUAUAAAUAUAAGACUUCUAUUUCAAUGUUCGGAGUUAUUCGAGAAUGCUAAUUAGGAGUUCAUCGAUUUUUUAUUUGACCCUGUUGAAGGUUUGAGUGAAGACUAGGUAGAAACCAAGAGGGGCUUAUUUCGCUAUUUAAUUAGUGUUGUAGAAUAAGACUCUAUUGCAGAAACGACGUGUGGAUAUUUUUAUAAAGUGAUGAAUUCGAUCAUUUAAAAAAGAGGGGCCGAUGUUUGGAAUUUUCUGGAAAAUGAUUAAAGAAUCAUAUCCUCCUUUUUGAAGCAUGUUGAUUAACCUCACAUCUGUAGAAUCAUCACAGAAUUGAUUCUGUAUGGCAACCAACCCUCCAAAAUUUUAGACUAUUCUUAUCUAGCCUAAUAAAUUUCGGAUAGACUAUUCAAAAUCAUGGCAAAAAAAGCAUAUUAAAGCAAUAUUGUUGAUAAUAUUUGUGAAAUAUUUAUAGAAAUACUAACUAGAAAAUCACAAAAUCCAAAUUUGGAUAUCUCACAACUCAUAUUAAUAAAACCAAGCUAAUUAUUUUAAAUAGCAGUUUAAUCAAAUUCAGAAGGACCUCAUAGUCUCUUAACUCUGUUUUUAGAAUAUGCUAAAAAUAACCAACAAGAUCAAGUGGAUUCUUUCAUUGAAAUUUCGCAUUUGAUACCUUUAGAGUUUGAAAAGACCUAUUCUAACAAUAUACAAUAUGAUAGACACUUUUAUAAACUGUUUGGCAGAAAAAAUAUGAAAUUACUAUUUCUUACUCUGUAAUUGAUUUAGUAAAUAUAUCUUUAACAAUUAGAUUAAAUAAUAAAUCAAUAAAUUCUAGAUUAAUAAACAAUGGACUUGUCAAUGUUCUCAUAAACACAAUAUAAGAAUUUCCUUUUCACAAUCAGCUUCAUUUCACAGCAUUUGCGAUAUUCGAAAAACUCAUCGAAAGUGAGCAAAUUGAUAACAUCUAAGAUGUAAUUUUUGAGUUUUAUUUUAGAUGAUCGAUUCCUUAUCGAAUUUCAUUGUCAUCUAACUUCUUUAGCCACAAAAUUCUGUUGGAUACAGAGCAUACUUGAGUAAAUUAGCUAAUUAUUUGAUUGAUAAACAAUAUAAUCCUGUGAUUCUAAAAGCGUUGAAAAAUAACUAAUAAUGGGAAGGAUUUGUCCAAACAACUUUACAAAAUAUCAAUUAAGUAGAAUUGAAUUUUCUUUUUAAUAUCAAUCCAAGAUGUAAAAUUUAGUAUAAUCUCUUAGAAGCCUCUAAUGAAUAAGAUUCUGGCAAUAUACAAUAGGAUGUGAAUUAAUAGGAGAUAAAGACAGAAGAUUCAUCAUAAGAAAAUUAAUACUAAGAUAAAUAAUUAAAAUAAUAGGAAUGACC